UACCUAGAUUUUUAUCUGAAUUAGAUUGCACACUUUUUACUUUCCACUUCUAAGUAAUUAAAAAUUAUGAUAUUUAUUCGACUGUAGAUAUUUAUUACAUUUUUAUAAACUAGUUAUAAGUACAGGAUUAAAUAUUUGAUUAUAAUGAAAAUACAAAAGCAUUUAUUAACAUAUUAAGUAAUAAUGAAUUUAAAAUUCAAUUAUUAUUUUAUUGUAAUUACAAAAAUUAAAUUGAAUAUCUACAGUUCGUUAAUAUUACUCAUUAAAACGAAAUACAUUUUUUAAAAAUAUGUUUUCUUUAUAAAUUAAAUCUCCAGCAAGAAAUAUUUGAAAAUCGAUGAAAAUGGCGCUCAGCUGAAGUUAUGUACGUGCCUGUAUGAACCUAACCUUUACAAAUGAUUUCCAUUAAUUACAAACUUUGAUGAAACCCGGUCUGCGUGCAUGUAUUUGAUAGUUUCAUCGUUUAAUUUAGGUAUGAUAUACGCGUACAUGUAUUACACCGCAAAAAAAAAGUGAAUGAAUCAAAACAAUCGACUGUUGUAUUCGUCGUUCGUUUAUUAAUGUUGAGAAGCAUCGGGUGUCAGUAACUUCAAAAUACUUCGCAUUCACUGUAUAACCAAGAGAAGUUGAGAUUCACUGAAAAUUGUCAAGAACGUGCCUGUGUUGGUGUUGUAGCCGUGAAAAGAAAAAAUCAUGAAAAAAUGUAGCGCCGACCGAAAAGCCAUUAAUGGAAUUUAAUUGACACGCAAAAAUCAUGUGUUGAUAAAUAGUCACAAAUGGAAAACGUAUUAACGGUACAUUUGCGAGUGGAAUGGACAUUCAAGAACGAAUAGUAACGCAGGAUAACGUGAACCUUGGCACGGGUUGGAGUACGCAGCAGCUACAGAGACUGAACUAUCACCCGGUUGACAUCGCUGUACAGCAGAAUCUACUUGCCCACCAGCGAAUAGAGCAAAAUUCUGUGGAGUCUUCGAAAAUGACGGAUCAGCGAGAACAGCAGCUCCAAGCACAACAGCAACAGUUACAACCGCAACAACAACAGCAGCAGCAACAAAGUAAAGGCGGCGAUGAACCAAGGACAAACUUGAUUAUUAAUUACCUUCCACAGAGUAUGACCGAGAAGGACCUAUAUAGCUUGUUUGUUACUAUUGGGCCUGUGGAAUCUUGCCGCGUAAUGAAAGAUUAUAAAACUGGGUAUAGCUAUGGUUUUGGAUUUGUUAAUUACGCAAAAGCUGAAGAUGCAGCAACAGCCAUAAAUACCUUAAAUGGUCUACAGGUACAGAACAAAAGGCUAAAAGUAUCUUUUGCACGACCUUCUGGAGAGGAGAUUAAAGAGACUAAUCUAUAUGUUACAAAUUUACCAAGAAAUAUAACAGAAAGUCAGAUCGAUGACAUAUUCAGCAAAUAUGGAAACAUUGUGCAGAAGAAUAUUUUAAAGGACAAACUCACUGGACUGCCAAGAGGUGUGGCGUUUGUCAGAUUCGAUAAGCGGGAAGAAGCGCAAGAAGCGAUUGCAAGACUACAUGGCACGAUACCAGAUGGUGGAUCGGAGCCGCUUAGCGUAAAAAUCGCGGAGGAACAUGGGAAACAAAAAGCGGCGUACUAUGCUGGAUGGCAAGCUGGGUACAACCAGAGUCGAGGUUCCAGUGGCAGCGUCGGCGGCGGAGGAGGUGGCAGAGGAAGAGGAAUCGGCGGAGGUCCACCUGGAAUGGGAGGCAUGGGGAUAGGAGGAGGAGCUGGCCCGGGGAUGCUGGGUAGAGCAGGUUGCUUCGGACCGCGCGGAGGUCCUCACGGAGGAUUCAUCGGCAGCAGCGGUGGUCCAGGUGCUCUGAGGAUGGAGAAGAUCCACCCGCACCGCUUCAAUCCCAUAGGGAUGGGAGGCGGCUACGUGCAGUCCCAUUUCUGGUGACCUAGCGUCGAGCAGCAGCAGCAGCAUCAUCAACAGCAGCAGCCAGCGACCAAGACACCGUCGGCCACGUACCUUUCUUCGUUUCAACGGAGACAAACCAGCAACAACUGCCGUUCGUAAUCGCCGAGCUAGGGAAUGAUCUCGAGGCUAACUUGACGCGUUCGAUCGUGGAUCACGCGGGAAUAGGUUCGGAGUUAGCGUGACGCGCGACGAUAGGUAGCAAUAUGUUGAUCAGUGUUGUCCGGGAGUUUACGAACGGCAGCGACAGACUGACCACAUGUGUAAAUUAUUCUGCGCGUAUUAGUUAUUUAAUGUUUCUACGUGCCUGUACCAAAGCUCGCAACACCUAGUAUUGUACGUCCAGCGAUGGGCAGAUAUAUUCCCUCCCUAGAACGUAGGAGCGCGAAUUGUUAUCGGACACGUCGGGUGCCGCGGACAUUUCUUAUCUUUGUAUAGUUCGAAGUAACUAGCGCGAGAAGUAACGCUGCGUGUUCCGUGGAUUAUAGGUUAUUUAUGUUCGAGCUAAGUCGGUGAUAGUUGAGGCUCGACGCAUUGCGGACCGGUAGUUUUAUUGCUAAGUUUACCCAGUGGACAGACACGGUUCUCCACUCUAAAUGACAACAGUGAGAAGAGGAUUCCCGUGAUCGGUCGUCAGCUGUGAAAACGGGAGACACGGGAGUCCUUGUGAUCCGUCCGCAAUGCGUUGAUUGAAGUGUUGUAUCGUAGGGGACAUAUCUUGAAGCGUAACAGACGCAGCGAAAGGAAUGUCACGUGGAUUCGGCGCAGCACUCGACGCGUUAAAACACAGGAUGAAGCCGAGCGGUCUUGAAAGUCUUCCUUCGCGGCGCUCGCUGGCGAAUGGGGUUCUUUCAAGAUUUCCAAGACCCUCGGCCGACUUCGCGAUUCUUCAGCCGGCGAGCCUGAAAGUCUUGAAACCGUUUAGGAGGUAAUAGUCGUGCUGUUUAAUAGUCACCGGUUCUUGAAGCUCUUUACCAUUCUCUUUAACCGUAAGUUAUUGUACUUCUCUCUGUCGUUUAGUCACCUUUUGCUCUCAUGUCUCUGUAACACUCGCUCACAAGGACACUUCAAGACUUUCAGCGUGUAACGAACGGACUGCGGACCCUUUAUGCAGGUGUAACACGUUUGUCGGGCUCAUUUAUGGAAAUCGGGAUCGUAGGACGAUUGUAGUCGUGAAUUCUAAAAUAGCACAAGUUCAUUUUAUUAGGUUGUUCGCCGGAGUUGUCGAAGGAGUUACUUAAUUUAUAUUUAACACUAGAACUGCCAGGUCAAAAUGACCCAUUCCUCGUUUAUUCUUUCAUAAUAAUUGAAAGUAUAUGAACGCUUCUUCAAGAAAUGAUUAAAAUAAUUGAUUUAUUAAUAUACGAGUUAAAAUAUAAUUUAACUGCCACCUUAAUCAACGAAAUUCUAUGGUUUCUAUACAAGAAUGUUUAAGAAUCAACUCAACUGCUCGGUAGUUCUAAUGUUAAACAAAAGUAACACUUAGAUCUGUUCGAUUCAGUUUAAAAUUCUCGCUAUAAUAUUGUAGAUCAAGAAUCAACAAAUUAGGUAAUGAACAAAGAUGAAAAGGCAAAUAUUUUCGUGAAAUGUUGAUUCGACUUGUGCCGUUUUGGAAUUCAUGGGCUCAGUUCCCGUGUACUCCGUUCAGGGUUUCUGUUCUUUUAUUCCAAAGAAGAUGGACAAUCUCAUUGAAGUCUCUAAUAUUUUAAUCGAACGUUCUUGAAUCUUCGUAAGUGCAUAAAAUCCGCAAUCUAGUAACGAGAUUCCCUCUCGCGAGGCCCGUAAUCGUCGCUUCUUUUUAAUUGUUAACAAAGCCCGGUUCCCUUUCGUCGUAGCUUUAAUACCGCCGUACCGUUGCGCCGCGGAUUCCGUGCGCUGUUCAAUCGGCCCAAACGCCCGCGAACAAUGCUCGUCAAUCGAUCCUCGAACAGCCGACGCCGGAUCACUAUAUGUGACCCGCGAUGAAAUUUUAGUCGCAGACGAACACUCCGCAAAACCAAGCUCUGAUGUACUAAGUUUCAUAGUGUAAUAAUGUGUCCAGUACGGGGCGGACAGGAUGCGUGUUCCAGAAAUGGAAAUAUAUUUCGUUUGUUAUUUUAUUUAUUUACAUAAAUUAAUUUAUUCACGCGUAGAGCUUUAUACGUUAUAACAUUAGAAGCGGGAAUCACUCAGAAACAGGUGCGACAGCUGAACCAUAGAAUCACUCUCGGUACAGAUGCUAUACAAUGUUAGUAAAACAAAGGAAUAAUGAGAGGUAGAGAUUUCGUCGAUUAAGAUUUCUGUCCUCGGACAUUCUUCGAGUUUCUGAAAGGUUAAUAGAUAUUCUGCGUCAAAAAUCACCUGGUAUCGGCAGAUACAAAGAUUAAGGUCUGAGAAGGCAACAAAGAUUUCUUUGAGCGAUGGCACCGUCGGAAUUGCAAGACAUGAUGCCGAGCACCGUUGGAGCCUCGAAAAUCGCGUUUCCGUAGAAUUUGUAAAAUU